AUGGAGGAGUGCCGGACUUCCAGGAGGCCUGGUGGCAGGCGUCCCCAACCUCUCCAGCUCCCGGGGGCCCGAGCCCCAACUGCGGAGGAGAGCAGAGGCCGGGGAAGCGCUCUGAGGCUCGCGGAGGUACCCUGGCGCCCGCAGAGAUACCCUGGCGCCCGCAGAGAGCGUGGGGGCGGGCUGGGUCGUCGGGAGGCCCGCCCCCCAGCCCGGCUCCGCCCCACUUGGCCCAUUCUGGGAAUCCAGAGCCGUCAGAGUUGCGAAGUAAAAGCAGGCGAGGGGGCGGUCCCUCGGGGCAGGCUAUGGCACAUAAAACGGCCGGGGCCCUGUGCCGCUUCUCCUCGCCCCGCGCUGUGGGGUCCGUGUCCCGUUUCCCGCUCCCACCUUUCCUCGCCAAGCUCCCCGUUGCGCGCUGCUCCCUGCGCGAGCCCGGGGGCCCCCAGUGCCAUGGCCCGUAAGCUCGGAGGGCGCAAGACCAUCGUGAUCUUGGGGCUGGUGGGACUGCUCUGCACGGUCCUGGGCGGCGUCAUGAUCUUCGUGAUGCCCCAGCUGAUUAGAGAUCAGAUCCUCCAGGGUCAUCGUAGAUUUACGGCUGGAAGGAGACCUUAGUGGUCAUCCUCGUCUCCCCCAUUCUUCAGAUGAGGAAAUCGAGGCCCAGACAGGCGAAGGGACUGUGUAUAGGACACACAGCUGAACCCGAGUCCUCCGACAAUUUUCCUGGCUCAGCUGUGAGGACCUGGGGGCGUCUGAACGAGGGGCUGCUUCAGAUAAAAAGAAAAAGAGAGAGACGGAAGGAAGAAGUUAUGAGAUU